GGGGCUGGCGUGAGUGUGAGUGCUGGAGGGGGGUAUUUUGGGAUGUGGGAUCUCCUGAAACCAGUGCUGGAAUAAAGAUGUAGUGUACACUGCUGCUGUAGGAGGGACAGAACAAGGAGAGAGCUGUGCUGUGAGAGGAGAGCAGAGGGCAGGACGUCCCGGCUUCAGCCACCAAGCCGGACCACUGAGAACAGGGGGGGCCGGCACACACGGUCCAUCGGGUCAGGAAGAUGCCCUCUCGCUGCAGAAAUGCGGUGAACAUCGUGAUCACCACUCUCUUUGCAGCAGUGGUCCUGUUCACCAUCCUGCUGGCCUAUGUCACAGGAUACCAGUUCAUCCACACUGAGCAGCACCACCUUUCCUUCGGCCUGUACGGGGCCUUCCUCUCCCUGCACCUCCUCCUGCAGAGCCUCUUUGCCUUCCUGGAGCAUCGCCACAUGAGGGCCCCAGCUCGCCCCCAGCACCUGCGGCGCACCGUCGCCCUGUGCAUUGCUGCCUACCAGGAGGACCCCGACUACCUGAGAAAGUGCCUGCGCAGUGUCCGCCGCAUCUCCUUUCCUGGACUCAAGGUGGUGCUAGUGGUGGAUGGGAACAAGCCCGAGGAUCGUUACAUGAUGGACAUUUUCCAGGAGGUGAUGGGCGGGGUGGAUCAGGCUGGGAGCAUGGUGUGGAAGGGGAACUACCAUAGCGAUGGCAGCGGUGGGCCUGUAACCAACAGAAACACAGUGCACAUGGAGGAGGCUGCAAGAGUGUCCCGGCUGGUCAGGGGCUGUCGAUUUUCCUGUGUCAUGCAGGAGUGGGGUGGGAAGAGAGAGGUCAUGUACACUGCAUUCAAGGCCCUAGGAGACACUGUGGACUAUGUGCAGGUGUGUGACUCGGACACAGUGCUGGACCCUGCCUGCACUAUAGAGAUGCUAAAAAUAAUGGAGGAAGACCCGAUGGUGGGAGGUGUCGGAGGAGACGUACAGAUACUGAACAAAUAUGACUCGUGGAUCUCCUUUCUGAGUAGUGUGCGUUACUGGAUGGCCUUCAACAUUGAGCGUGCAUGUCAGUCAUACUUUGGCUGUGUGCAGUGCAUCAGUGGUCCUCUGGGAAUGUACCGAAACUCGUUACUACAGCGUUUCCUGGAGCCCUGGUACCAUCAGACCUUCCUGGGCUCAAAGUGCAGUUUUGGAGAUGACCGCCAUCUCACCAACCGGGUUCUGAGUUUUGGCUACAAAACCAAAUACACAGCUCGCUCACAGUGUCAGACUGAAACACCAACACAGUAUCUGCGCUGGCUCAACCAGCAAACCAGAUGGAGCAAGUCGUACUUCCGCGAAUGGCUCUACAAUGCCCUCUGGUUUCAUAAGCACAGCCUGUGGAUGACCUAUGAGUCUGUGGUGACAGGAUUCUUCCCUUUCUUUUUGGUAGCUACAGUGAUCCACUUGUUUUAUCGGGGAAGACUGUGGAACAUUCUGCUCUUCCUGCUAACAGUGCAGCUGGUGGGCAUGGUCAAAGCCACGUACGCCUGCUUUUUACGAGGCAGCUUGGUCAUGAUCUUCAUGUCCCUCUACUCUCUCCUCUAUAUGUCCAGUCUGUUACCAGCUAAAAUCUUUGCCUUGCUCACCAUUAACAAGGCGGGUUGGGGCACUUCGGGUCGCAGGAAGAUAGUGGUGAACCUGAUUGGGGCUGUGCCUGUCACUGUCUGGGCUGUGGUGCUGCUGGGGGGAGUGGUCUACACCAUUUACUGUGAAACCCAGGAGCCCUUUAGUGAGACAGAGAAAGCCUUGUUGAUAUCAGGGACAGUAUUAUAUGGCUGCUACUGGAUUAUUUUACUGGUCCUCUAUUUGGCAAUUGUAGCCAAGAGGUGUAACAAGAGAGAAGAGCAGUAUCAGCUGCCAUACACAGAAGGAUAAACCUGGUGUUGAGACCAGCAGACUCUACCAGCAGGCUCAGGCCUUGCAGCAGCAGGACUAAAGUCCACUCUGUGAGCCGCAGAUACUCGCGGCUUCAUGUGGUGCUAAGAAGUGAAGAGGAACAGGUCUCUGCUCCAGGAUAGGAAAUGGGGCCAAACAGCACCCCUAUUUGCUUUAUUGGUGCUUCAUACACAGAGCCAAAUUCAGUGGCUAUGAGUGGUUUAUGCACAAUCUCUUCUGAGCAGUAUGACAUUGUAUAAAACUGUGACGAGAUAGGGCAGUGUGGUUAAAGGACAAAUCAGUGGAAUUUAUCUUAGUUGAACAAUCAGUACUAAAUGUCUUCACAGUUGGUCAUUUUGUCAGGGCAGCUUGACUUAAGAUACAUCCACUCUCAGUAAAUUAACAUACUUGCUUUGUCCCUUCCUUGAAUUUGAACACUUCAGUUUAUGACAAGUCAAAAGUCAAAAUCUGUAUUCCUGUUAAUUUAACAAUAAUUUGGCCUUUAUUACUGCUCUUCAUGUAACCAAAUUGACCAAUCACAAAUUUUACCAACUUGAGUUGCUUAAGUGGGACUAAACACCUCAACUCCACCCACAACCAAAAUUCAAAACAGUAGUAGUAGUUGAGUGUUUAGUCCCACUUUAAAUUGUUAUGUUUUAUCUCUCUUUCUUUAAAUCUUACUUUUGUUGGAUUCUCAGUUUAUUUGUGUUACUGAAUUGAGCAACGUUCAGAAUUCAGUGAAUGUUAUUUAUUUAUUUAGAUAUAAAUGAAUGAAAGUUGUUGUCAAUGCACUGCAAAAGUAGUACUUGUAUGUCCAUACAAGCUGUAAAUAAUAUUGGACCACUGCUCCUAAUGCUCUAAAGGUACUACAAUAUUUUUUUAACCUGAAAUACAGCCUUGUCAAUGGUAUUGUGCCUCUAUGAGAUCAGGCUUAGAGAUGAACAUGGAUCUCUCCACACUUACAUUAUCAGUAUUUUAAUGUGGCCACUGCCAGUCAAGUUUGAAUAAAAACAGUUACAGACAGCACCUGCCAGUGCCAAAGUAUUAAAUAUCACAGCUUAGUAUUAUUCUACUUUUCAGUGUUGCAUUGAUAAUUGAGGUAUUCUUUUGGUGCUUUUAGAUCUCAAAACAAGCAGAAAGGUCUGUGGCUUCACAGCCUUGAUACUUUGUUUAUAGUGAUAAUUUUUAAUUGGUUGAUAACUGAUUUGAAUUCUGCAAACAUGCUAAUUUCCAUCUUCUAUUAUAGUCGGUGUGGACAUUGGGUGUAUAAUAUUGUGAACUUGCACAAUUUUUUUGUUCAAAUUGUGUUUUAUGAUUUGGACAGUCCAGCUUUUUAAACAUGUGUGGUGCUGAAACAAUUACUGUACAUCAUCAUUCUGUCUGUUUUACAUAUUGUCAAUUUUAUAAACAGAAAGGUGCCAAAUCGUGCUUUGUAGCAAUACAAGAUUUUUAAAGAACUGUUUGUGUCUUUUAAUCUAUAAUGAGUAUAACAGAGUUUAUUAAUAAAAAUAAAAAAAAACUAUUUAUUUUAUUAAUUCAUGUAGCAGCAGGUUUGAGUUUGUCUGAGAUUCACUUAAAGGUUCAUUGUGUAACUUUUCUGGUGGAGGGUCUGUCAAAUGCUUUUCUCUAUGGAAGUGUUAUUACUUUGUCUGGAAUGCUUCAUAUGGUAUUAAACCUUUCUAUCUCCAUGGAGACCAAAUCAGACCAAGUUACAGGUCAGAUCUGUGGAAAGGCAACCCUGUCAGAAGCCCUGCUUUUCUAGGUAUUUUUGAGCAAUAAAAUCACUGUAAUUGAAUAAAUGUAAGGUAGAGCUGUUUAAUGUCAUGCUGUGGAAUAUUUCAGGCAGAGCAAUGACAUCUCCAUAGAAACAUGCAGGUGAUUGCUAACUAAUAUGAGAUCACCAAUAAGCCAGCAGAAGAAGACAGGCAUUUCAGUGUAUGAACCAUAUGUAAGCCAUUUAUGUUAAAGCAUGUCCAGUUGCUCUUGUUUGUGUAGAUUCUCACACUAUUGAUGACAAAGCUGAGUCAAACAGAAAGAAGGAAAGAGACAGACAGAUUAAAU